AUGUUUAGAAGAUAAAAAGAGUAUAGUUUUGUUUUGAUAGAAAUGUUAUUCACUCAAUUAAAAAGUCUCCUAAUGAAUAUAUUAGGAAAAACUAGAGAAGUCAUUAAAACAAAAAAUAAUCUCUAUAAAAUAGAGAAUAAAAAGAUUAAGAAUUAUUAUCAUAAGAAGAAGAAGAUACUCAAGAUUUCUCUGAAUUAGAAGAGAAUCAAUAAUAUAUUAGCAUAAUAGAAUGGAAAAAAAUACAAGAGGACAAUUCUAAAAAAAUGACUGGAAAUAAUUUGAUUGUUUCUUAAAGGUCAUAACAUUCAAAUGAUUUUUUAAAAUUAGAAAAAGUUCCACUUAAAUCAUGUUUAAAGAAAUUAAAGAAGGAUAUCUAUGUAUAAUAUGAAGAAUUGUUUGGAAAAUUAUAUUAAGACUAAUUAUAAACAUAAAUUUCAUCAGAAAAAUUAAAACUUAAUUAACAAUAAAUCAAAUAAUGCAUAAUUGUUACUGAAUUCAAUAAUAUUAUGAAUGAUGAUGAUGAUGAAGUAAUAUAAUGAUUAAAUCUUUAGAUAUCCAUAACUAUAGAUGAAUUGGAUGAGUAAAUUUAUGAACAUAAAAGCUAAUAGAAAAAUGAAAAGUUUGAUAUAUCAAAAUUUGAUAACAUAAAGAAAAGAAUUGAAAUUAAUUAGAGAAUCUAAUCAUUAUGA